CUGGUGGUCAAGAAGGCCAAUGGCAUCCUGGGGUGCAUUAAAAGGAGCGUGGCCAGCAGGACAAGGGAGGUGAUCCUACCCCUCUACUGUACCCUCGGGAGGCCACAUUUAGAAGAGCAUGACUAGCUCUGGGCUCCCUGUUCAAAGAAGACAGGGAUCUCCUAGAAGGAGUUCAUCAGAGGGUGACAAAGAUGAUAAAGGGCCUGGAGCAUCUCCCAUAUGAGGAAAAGCUGGUUGACCUUGGGCUGUUCAGCCUGGGGAGAAGAAGACUGAGGAGGGUUCUGAUGAAUGUUCAUAAAUAUUUAAAGGGAGGUGGGAGGCAAAUGGUAGGGGCCAGGCUCUUCUUGGUGUGUAGUGGUAGGACAAGGAGCAGUGGCUUAAAACUUGAACAUAAGGAGUUCCACACAGACAUGUGAAAGAAGCUGUGUAAUGAAGCACCAGAACAGGUUGCUCAGAGAGGUUGUGGAGUCUCCUUCUCUGAUAGUAUUCAAGAUCCAUCCUGAUGCCUACCUGUGCAACCUGUUGUAUAGAACCUACUUUAGCAGGGGGGUUGGACUCAAUGAUCUCUUAGGUCCCUUCCAAUUCUGUGAUUCUGUGAAUCAUAGAAUAGGAGAAUCUAGAAGUACUGAAUGACUGUGGAAACAUCAUAGCAUCUACAAUCUUAAAAAUACAGUCAAAAUACAUAGCACUGUGAUAGAAUGGAGGAAAAAAAUUACCCUUAAUUGCCCUUGAAGUACUCCGAAAUCAAGGAAUUGUAGAAUCCUCACAGAACUUGACUCAGGCAAGCAAGCACUAAGGACCUCAUCCUUUCCUUCCCUGCAUUUCCCCCACAUCUCAUAAAGGAUGAGAAUUCUCCUGUGUCCUCCUUCAUCUGCUCAUAUAUUUAGAACAGCAUUUUUAAUUGUCCUUAAUGGCAGAAGGCAGAUGAAGCUCCAGCUGUGCUUUGCCCUUCUAAUUUCUCCCUGUGUGGCCUUACAACACCUUUGCAGUCCUAAUUUUGUGCUGGGCAGAAGCAAAUCAGCAUUAACAGGACUUGGUGGGCACAAAACCACAUUUUGCUUCCUUGCUCCCUCAGAGGGAAGUUUUGCAGGGAGCAAGCUCACAACUGAUGGCAUUAAACAGCAUCACUCAGCACUGCUUAUAGAAUGGGUUAUCUCAAAAAUCAAAGCACUGCAAGUUACAAGUGUUCAGAGGUUUACUUCCUCAAAAGAUGUAUUUUAAAUUCUAUUUCUAAUACUGAAUUUAAUACAGGGAGGGAACUGAGGUUUAUAAUCUUCCUGAAAGGAAUCCAAGACCACCGUGCCCUUCACAAAACCUCCUUUUGUGGGGAAGUCUCUGGACUCUCAGGAACGCAGUCAGAGACACAACAGGACACCAACAUGGUUAAAAGCUGUUAGUCUACUUUAUUGUAGUGCUUGUACUGGCGCUUAUCCAGUCAGAGCCGAGAGACGUUCUUGCUUCUUCUAAAGGUGCCCUUGGUUCUCAUGCUGCUUAUUUUGCUCCACAGCUGCUGCUCUGAACAGUUUUUCCAGCUGCUGAACUCUGAACAGUUUUUCUUGUAUUCCCACAUCCUUUGGUGUGAUUCAUGGAAGAAAGAGUGUUCACAUGCACUACACAAACAAAAAGAGCAUCCCAGGGAGUCUGACUUCAUAGACUUGCACAUUGCAAUGCUAAUACUCCAUGGGAGAAACAUAAAAUUACCUCAUUUUGCAGUUUCCUGCAAUUGAUCUGUCUUCUUUUUCCACACCGAGCAUAUAUUCAAAAAUUUCACUUGCAGCAAAAACAUGGAGGCUAAAGUUAAAAUACAACAACAAACACACUACUUUACAUGCAGAAAUUUGGGAGUGUGCUCUCUAUGAGGAUGGAGUUCUAUCCUUCAGCAUUCCAACAGCCUGUGUGCUUUAAAGCACAGCACUCGAGCAAUUUUUUUUGAAGUUGCUAUUGUAUUCUGAUUCUCUGACUCUAGAUUUUCUGAUUUCUUGAUUCCACACCAGUGCACAAAGCUAUGCACAGAAACAACCCCUCAUGUGUCACUCCAGUUCCUUCCCCUCCAUUGUGUCAUCCAGCUCUGAGAACACUCCUUUUGGAUCAGGAUCCUGCAGGCAGCAGAGUUCUUCCCGUAAGAAUGCUCAAAGACCAGAAGUGAAAGCAAAAUUACCCAUAACAUCCAGCAGCAGAACAUUCAGCAGCAGAACACUCUAAGUGGGGCUCAGACCGCAGCUGCUGCAAAGCCUAUGGUCUCUCUGCGCCCGGGGAUGCUUUCACCUUCAUCUUCCUCCUCUGAGGAUUGAAUGAGCAACUCAUGAUCCCGUGAAGUCUGAGUCUAGGUGAUAAAUUCUGCGUCGCAUGCUGAUGAACAGCUAAUCUCUGAGGGUCUAGGUGAGUGAAAAUUCGGGGGAGCUAAGGAUUCUAGAUAGUAAAAAGGCUGUGCUAAUUGCUAGAAGUUUUGUGCAACAGCAAGCUAUGCUAAAUGCUAGAAGUUGUAGGUAAAGGUAAACAGUGCUGCUUGCUAGAAUGUUUAUGUAUUUCUGACACUCAGCUUGUAACCAGAGCCCUGAGAUCUGUCCUCAUACCUGCCAGCGAUUCCAAAGUGGGAUAAGCAGUGGCUCAUGGCAAUCCCAAUGCCCUGUAAGCCCACGAGGGUGUGCACAGCUGUGCGUGAGAGUGGCUGGAACAGAAACAUCUGGGGGAGCUGGAAGGAAUGCAGUGGGAAAUAAUUGUUUCCACAUUGAUGAUUAAACAGCGACUGUGACAGAGCAACAAAACUCCACUGCUUUGUACACACGUUUCAGGGUUAGGAACUGUUGAAAUUGAAGCAGCUAUUGUAAAUACUUUGGCUUGGCUUGAUGUGAUGCAGACAGUUCCUUUAAACAACUUAAGCUCUGAAAUUAAAUUGUAUGUAUAAUUAACCAUUUAAAAUUAUUGGGCUUUAGGUGAUCCUUUAGCAUUGCCAGGCGGAAUACCAUCUGUUGGAUUAUGAUAAAUUAUCAAAUUACACUAACUGUAAACAAAGCAAACACAACAUAAAUGUCAUUCAGACCCAGGUUCUCACUUUUCACCAAAUGGUUCAGGAGCGAUCUUUGAUGAAGAGUCUAACAGCUGUUUGCUCUUGCCUCUAACAUUUUCAUGAAAGCUCCUAUUGUAACUACAGCAUGGUAAGCAAUCAUUCUGGAGGAAUUCCCAGAAGAAAGUUCUUGUUCCCGUUGGAUCAGGUGAGAGUCCCGAAUAUCCUGAAAGGCUCCUGCUGUAAAGAAGCCUCUUCACUGCAAGCACCUCUCUGCAGCAGCACUGUGGUGAACAAUGGCAUCAGGAGGCAGUAAGGAGAAUGCAGUGGCCGAACUCCUGUGGUACACCCUUGAGCAACUGGAGAAGCAUGCUCUCACAGAGUUCAAGACUGAACUCAGCAAGAUCCAGCCUAAGGAGGGGUACGAGUGCAUUGAGCUGGAGAGUGUGAUGGAUCUGUCGCCAGCAGCGCUCGCCAGCUUGCUGUACAGCCACUUUGGGCAGUCCCACUGCGUGGAGGUGGCAGCAGGUGUUUUGUGGGCCAUGGGAUGGAUGGCCCUGGCCAAUGAUCUCCUGGACAAGCUGAACGAGGGGGCAAGGUUUGUUGAAUGGAGCAGUGACCUCUUAAUCCAGAAAGUCUAUAACGUGGAUGGGACCAUGAAGGAACUCCUCCAGGAAGGUGUGCUGAGCUCUGAGCAGCAUGACAGCAUCAUGGCAGAGAACACCAACCUGAAUAGAAUGCAGAAGCUCUAUGAACUGGUGCCAGCAUGGGAUGUCACCGCCAAAUAUUGCCUGUAUGAUGUACUGAUGAGAAAUAAUCCCUCCAUCUUCUUGCAAUAUGUAGCAGAUACCAGGGUUGAAUCAUGCUUUGAAGAAGGUGGGAUUGAAGAACAAGAUAUCUCCUGGACCGGUCCUGUGACAUAUCCAAGUGGGAUGGAAAUGCCAGAGACCUGCCUGUCCAGUUGUGUGAGCUAUCCAGGUGGGAUCGAAGUACCAGAGAUCUGCCUGUCCAGUUCUGUGAGCUAUCCGGGUGGGAUAGAAGAAGCAGCAACAUCUGAGAGAACAGACACAAACUGGAGAAAACUAAUGGGAAAUCAAAAUCUGCUCACACCGUGUACACCUCCAGAACAUGAGCCUCCAAAGAUGGAGAGUGAGAGUGGGAUUCGCUCAGGUGCCAAAUGCAUGGCAUGUCCCUGGCAAGAGGAUGACAGGGCAGAAGAAGUGAAGCCAGAGAUUACUGGAGGCAGAGAAGGCAAGAAAGAGACAUACAGAGCUCAUUUCCCUCGGGCCGGUUUCUUCCGCUGUGCUGAGACAGAGCUCAAGUUCCUGGUGAGGACAGCCACCACUGUUGAGUACGAGUACUCCUUCUGGGAACGUCACCUGCCUGAUGGGAUCCCCGCUGGAUGGAUGGAGGCUGGACCGGUGUUCGACAUCCAUGCUAUCCUGGGUGCUGUUGAGGCCAUUCAUCUCCCUCAUUUCUUGUGUCUCACAGAGGGAAAUGUGAACACAUCUGAGAUGCGUAUCGGCCAUGUCAUCAAUGGGAACCUCCUCCUGGAGAAGCCUGAUGCAGUGAAGCCAUUCCAUGCAGAGUUGAGGGACCCCAGUUUCUCCCCCAUGGGAGUCAUCUUGCUUUCUGCCGCAUUCCCCUUCAUCCCCGUGCACUCCCUUGUGCUGCUCUACCGUGUCAUCAGGGCUGCCGACAUCACCCUUCACCUCUACCUCAUCCCCAACAACCAUGGCCUGGAAAAGGUGGUGGACAAGGAUGAGAAGAGACGAGGCCAUUCACUCUUGGUGAACAAACCUCCCCAGACUAAACGACCACUGAACUUUAACACAUGGUACCGCGUAUCUGGUCCUUCACAGGCAGAGAUAAACCCUAAAGAGCUGAAAUUCGUCUACCUGACAUCAGACAGCCGCCAGCUCCACACCGAGAUCUACAACAAAGACCUCCAGGAGGGAAUGCAGCUCUCUUUGACGAAGGUUGCCCAGGAGGGUGAAAAGGAGUGUGACCCACUGUGGGCUGCCUUCCUGAGGGCAGGGGACAUUGACCCUCCAGCUGCCUCUUCUCCUCCUUCGUACUCAGCAGGGCUGCAUUUUGUGGAGCAGCACCGAGAGCAGCUGAUCCAACGUGUGACAUCUGUCAGCACUGUGCUGGACCGGCUCUAUGGGCACGUCCUGAGCAAUGAGCAGUACCAGAGCAUCCGAGCAAUGCCCACCGUGCAGGAGCAGAUGCGGCUUCUCUACAGCUUCAUGCCCAGCUGGGAUGUCACCUGCAAGGAUCUGUUCCUGGAUGCUCUGAAGGAUACCAACAGUCAUCUCAUCCAGGACCUGCAGGGACAGUGAAAACCAUCUCAGGUUCUGAGUGAGCUCAGCUCAUGGACGCCUUGGGGAAGAUGAGCCCCUGGAUGGGCUCUAAAUGACUCAGGGAGCCCUGAACUUGGGCUGUCUUUAACCCAACCAACCUGCAGGAGAUCCUCCUUAACACCCCCUUAGUCUCUGUUGCCACAGCACUGACCCCAGAACCAUCCUGUUAUCCCCAUCAGGGACCAGGUUCAUGCUGGUGUGCCAGCACACAGAGUCACAACCUUCUCAGAAGUUUCCAUCUUAAUUCUGCAGAACAAGGAGCUUGGCAAUCUUUUGCUGAGGCAGCACCACCCAAGAUAGAAGCACAGUUAUUCCUACAUGGAUCAUACAUGUGAUCUCUUUUUAUAGUUUCUAAUUGGGUACUUGAUUUCAUCUUUUCUGGGCUUGCUUUUUCUGGGACUGGAAGAUUCUCUCAUUACAAUCUCAUUUUCAUACUGAUAAUACAUGCUUUAUCAAGUAAUUAGCCCUUAAUGAGCCUAAAGACCAAUUUCAGGGCAAUUUCCCUUCCUUGCUGACACCAGAAUAUUAUCACUUUUGACACACUUGGGGCUGAAUUGUUCCCUUUUCUCUCAUUCUUCCUAUAUUUGUGUCAAUUUUUUCCACUUUUCUGUCCUCGGUGGACAACUUUGAGACUGUGAACACAUUGUUUUUCCUUUUCACUUUUCUUCAGUGGAUUCUGGGAGCAAUGUAUUAGCAGCAAUUGCUUCCAGAGGUAAAGAAGUGUACAGGAACAAUUUUCCCUAUCAUCAUGAUUCUAUGAUUUAACUCAUUUCAUUUAAAUUGACCUUUGUGGUUCAGCCAUUCAGUUCUUGUAAUUCCCAAACACACCAGGGCUAGGAAUUAUCCCUCCAAUAAUAACCUCCAACAGUGUGAGAAGAUCCACAUUAAAAGUGCCAAAUUCUGACAGUA